GUCGACAUUUAGCACUCCCGCGAACCCAACGGACUCUCAUUCCCAUCUUUGUCGUCAGGUCAACCACUUCAUCCUCUGCUCGACCCUUCACUUGGCUCCCACGAAGCUUCCACUGCAUCCACCCUACCGCUGGCCACGAUCUGAACGAACUCGAUUCCGUUUCAGGCCCAGUCUCUCAGCCCCGGCAACUCGCCCUUGGCGCUGGUCGCGCGUACAGCACUUCCACCCUCUAAUUCUGAAUUAAUUGUACUCAACCCCCCCUCAAUUGAUUGCUCUCAAUCGGCUGUGGCUCGAAUGCUCGCGUAAACCAUGGCUCUCUGCAUGUCGUCACAGCCGUCCAGCUCCGACCACCGCGCGCGGCCGUCCCUCGCAUCGCCGUCCGACAUGAUGCGCUCCAGCACCUCCCCCCGCCGCCUUCGUCCGCCACCACCGCUACCCCCGCGCACCAGCAACCCUCCCCCGCCGGCUCGCCUCCCCAAAUCCUCCUCAACCCGGCGGCUCCGCUCUCGGCGCGCCGUCGCGCUUCUACCAAGCUUCGCCGCCCCCCGGUUCGUGUGAGACAAGCGGAGCGCUUCUUCCGCAGCAGCAGACGCAAGCGUCCCCCGACGGACCUGUCUUUGGCGCCGAGCUUUCCUCCAGAUGCAGCCCCGCCGCCCCACGUGGCUCCCCGUGGACCAGCAGGAAGAGCUGCUCGCCGACGACCCCCCGCGGAGCCCCCUCGCGCGCGGAACCACGACCCACUUUCCAACGCGGUUUAAGCUGGGGAGGCUCCGCGGGGCGCUCCUCGCCCGCUCACGCGAUGUUUGCCGGGAGGCCGCUUUCCGCUGCGGCUGGCGGCAGUGGUGGCGGAGGAGCGCCGUUGAGCAGCGAGUCGGUGUGUCCGAUCCCCGCCGUCAACUGGAAGGAGGAGGCGGCGCUGACAGAGGAGGCUCGGCGCGCUGUGGCGUGCGAGGUGUGCCCCCAUCGCGCCGCAGGACUGCGCGCGGCUCUCCCGCUCCAGCAGCGCCAGUGCCAGCGAGCACGACCUGGCCGCAUCGUCGGUGCUCAGCGGCGCCGCCGCCACCGCCCGGUCUUGCUGCGGCGGCUCGACGCCGGGGUCGCUAUCGCCGGCGGGGAGCCCGCUGCACAGGAGCCCGCUGAACAGCGGCCCGCUGCAGAGCACGUCGUCGUGCCCGCUGCCGGCGCACGUGCUCAGCGGAGCCAUGACUGGCGCCGUGACUGGCGCCGUGGGUUCCGCGUACCAUGGCGGUGGUGGUAGCAUGAUGGGCAAGGAGUCGGGUGGUGCUGCGAGUGGUAGCAUGAGCGGGGUCCUACCCGCGGCGGGCGCGGUUCCUCUCCAUGCCUCCCUGAGGGAGCAGCUGCUGCGCGCUAAUAGCGGCUCUUCCGCCUUCCAAGGGCCAACAGCUGCGCGACCGGCGAUCAGUCGCAUGGCGAUUUCGUGCUCCAACAGUCGCCAGUCCAGUGGUAACUUCGCCGCCUUCUCGCACAGUCACACCAGCAGCCCGGCUCGCGAUUCUCUGCAUGACAGCGAAGACACGGGCUCCAAUGGCGGCGUCAACUGGCAAGAGCUGGAUGACCUGUGUCAGAGCAUGGACGCAGCGGGCAUUAAGAUUGAGCAGAUUGACCUCACACCCCUGGAAGAUGCAUCGGACGACUCCCAUGACCAAGCCCCUGCCGCAGCUGCCGCCUCUGGUCAUUCUGCGAGGCUCGCGGAUGCUGCUGCUGCUGCUCCUGAAGCUGGGGAAGGUGCUGCUCCUGUGAAGUAUGCUGUCAAGUUUGACGGCAUGUCAAUGUGGCACUCGCCUUCUCAUUAGCACGAACCCUGGUUGGUCAGGGAACUUUAUAGCGUUUCAAAAUCAUCCGUUCUCUUAGCGCUAUCUGUAGUGGGAAUUCACAUGUAGCACAGACUGUACAUUUGAUGUUACCUGUGGGGAUUGUAACAACAAAUAUAUAAUUUAUAUAACUAUUUGUUUGGCUUGG